AGCAUUCUUGGCUUCAGAGCAUGCGCCUCAUUUCGGAUGGGCAAUUGACCCAGAGGCCGAGGCGCAGCGGCAGCCAUGAGUUGGGGAGGCUGUGGAGACUGGGAUUAUGGUGAUUACGGUGGCUACGGAGGUUGGGAUGAAGGCUGGGGGAGCUCAUCGGCGAGUGGUGGAGGUUGGGGAGAUUGGUCUCACGGCAAAGGCGAUGGUGGGAAAGGAAAGUGGGCUUCAGCUGGCUCAGGGACGAGCUGGUCGGCAGCUGCACCACCGCAAAUGGUGCCUAGACCUCCAGCCCCCGCGUUUGCCAAGAGCGGUGCAGCCACUGGGCUCAGCUACAUGAGCAAGGCGGGUGUGGUUGCCAAGCCGCCGGAGCCGUGGUCCGCGCCGGGACCUGACGCGUUGGUGCCAGCGCCUGCGGCCACGGGCUACAUCGGCCCGGGGGGAGAACUCCCACCGGGCCCGGUGGUUCCGCCUGUGGCGCCGCCCGCGGCGCCCGCGAUGCCGAACCCGGUGCCGCUGAACCCGGUGCCUGUGCCGGUGCCGUUCCCUCCGGUCGAGCCUUCUUUGCCGGCUCCAGGAGGUUUUCCAGAUGCCUUCAAUUCCGCGAUGGUCCCCAUGCCGAAGGCACCGCAAGCGGUGGUGUCAACGGCUUCGCUUGAGGAGCAAUUGCAGCAACAAGCGAAAGCGGCGAUUAUGAAGUUGCAGGGUGGGGAGGAAGAAGAGGAUCAAGGUGUCUCACAAGCAGUUUUCGAGGAGAAGCUUGCAGAAUUCCGAACACGUUUUGGUCUGGAUGAUCGAGUCUUCUCAGAGCUCCGGGAUGUCAUGGGGCGGCGGCGCCAAACCUUCAUACAGGACAUGCAGAUGUUGUUCAACCAGCUUACUCAUGCUCGACACCCACCUGGCUUGUUGCUGGUGAAGCUUCGGGAGAUCAAACAAUUUACACCAGCACCUGCGAGGAGCAAUGACAUGUGUGGUGACUUCCAGAGAGGCUUCUGCUCGCGCGGUGAGAACUGCCGCUUCGCACACGAAAAAGCGGCCGUGCGGCCCUCCGAUCAGCCUCCUCCAGAUCCUGCGGUGAUGCAAGGAGAGAUCAUGUCUUUGGUGACAAAGUUCAAUUUGGAUGACAGGAUACGCGUGAGAUUGAACGAGACGCUCCUGCGCCGUGCCUCCAGUUUUUGGGACGACAUGGCCACCCUUCGCGACAUUAUGGCGACCGCACGGAACCCUCCGGGAUUGCUCUCAGUGAAGCUGACCGAGAUGGAGCAAGGUCGUUUUGUUGCCAGAGGCGGAACGGUGGGACCUCCCACGGGCGAGAUUGCCAAGGUGAACGAUCGGGUCGCAUCCAAUCGCCAGCAGUCCAUGGAGAUGUGCGGUGACUUCCGACGCGGGGUGUGCAGCCGUGGAGACCGAUGCAAGUUUUCCCACGGCAAUCCUCAGCCUCCGGGUGGACCGCCCCCCAACGUCAUGGCGGCACUCCACGAGAAAGCAGGGCUUCCUCCGCUGCCGGUGACCACGGGCACACCGGCGAGUACGCCUGGGGUGCCUCCCGGCUUUUCUGCUGGCUCGCGCUUCUCGGAGACUCCACCGCCGCCGCUGGGCUUCUCCGACACGGCCGGUGGUCCGACGACGCAGCGAGCGGAGAGUUUGCUCGGAAGGGCGAAGAAACGCUCCAAAAGCCCCAGCGAAAGCAGCGAAAGUCGGAGGAAGCCCAGCAGAAAAGCCAGCAGAAAGGCCAGUAGGUCGGAGAGCAAGAAAAAGUCCAGGAGCCGCCGUGACCGAAGUCGGCGCCGUAGCCGAGACGGCCGAGACGGCCGAGACGGCCGAGACGGCCGCGAGCGCAGCCGUCGUGGGGACCGCGACCGGCGCGACGGCCGCGACGCCCGCCGGGACCGGCGCGACGACCGGCGCGACGACCGGGACCGGCGCGACGGCCGGGACCGGCGCGAUGAGCGGGAUCGCCGGGAUGACCGGGGGAAGGACCGGGAGCGCCGAGAUCGGGAGAAGGACCGGUCCAAGAGCAGGGACCGGAGCCGAGACCGGGACCGAGAGAAAGGACGAGAAGAUGGGAAGGACCGCGAGACUUCUCCGUCAGAGAAGAGAUCAAAGGAGGAGAAGGCCGAUGAAAAACCAGCGGCUGCAGCUGAAGAUGCUCCUGCGGCAGCUGCAAUGUCGCAGCUCCAACGAGACAUUCAACAACAGCUGGAAGAGGAACAGAAGAGGAUGGACAAGCAGAAGGAAUUGGAGCUGCAGUUGCAGAGGGAGCUUGAGGCUCACGUGGCAGAGGAGCAGAAGCGGCUGGAACGUCAGCAAGAGCAGGCCAAGUUGGAGCAGAAGUUGGAAGAUGAACGAAAAAAGAAAGAGUUGGAGAGAUCAAAGCGGCAUGAAGAGGAUUCCCGAAAGAAAGAGGAGGCAAAGUCUGGCAAGGAGAAGGACAAGCAGAAGGAGAAAGAGAAGGAGAAGGAGAAGGAGAAGGAGAAGACAAAGGAGAAAGAGAAGGCCAAAGAGAAGGAGGUAGACAAGGCCAAAGACAAGCAGAAGGAGAAAGAGAGCUCCAAAGACAAAACGAAGGAGAAGGCCGCAGAGAAGGACGAGAAAGCGAAAGAAAAGGCGAAGGAGAAGGAUGCUUCGAAAGACAAGCAAAAGGAUACGGAGAAGGGGAAAGAGAAACCCAAGGAGAAGGAAGCUGCGAAAGACAAGCAGAAAGAGCAAGACAAAGCAAAGCAAAAGGAGAAAGAAGCCGCGAAGGAGAAACAGAAGGAAAAAGAGAAGGCGAAGGAAAAAGAGAAAGCAAAAGAGACCAAAGAGAAAGAUGACCGCAAGAAGCGAUCCAGGUCAUAUUCGGCCAGUGAUGCGCCGAAGGCACGUGAUGGCGGUGGACACGAGUUUGGAAGGGGCCACCUGUCUCGGCAGUGCCAGAAUCAAUCAGCAUUUUUCAUCCCCAAAACCACAGGCAGUGUGACAGUCCAGCUUUGGUCAAUUGAGAAGUUGGUUUGGUCGGCGCCGUCCGCGAGUGGUGCUGGCGAUGUCGAUGUCCUGGCACUCCUCGGAUUGACACCUCAGGGGAUUGAGCGCUGCGCGGUGCGCGUGGCAGGUGCUCCUUGUUUAUUUUAGAGCAGCCUUUUUGCUCGUUUCCACGCAGGAAAAGAAAGCUAAACUGAAAGCUAGGGCUUAGCUGCGGGCGGUCAAGGGGCGACGAGUCUCGCCCACCCAGUGGGCGCUCGGACUCGUCCGAGUUCAUCGCUCCAAAAGAUACCCUCCGCUGGAGGGUGUGUGCGCCGCCCUGCGGGGAUGGGGGGCACCGGCGGUCCAUUUUGGUAGGGGGUGUUCCGGGUGCAGUGCAAGGGCAGG